CAGGUCGAGGGUUUUGGACUCCUCUGUGCACGAAGACGCACAAGAUCUGCGAGGUUUCUUCUGUCACUUCAGUGGGGUUUGAACUUUGCUCAGAGUUUUCAAGGUGUCUUCAAACUUUGGUAUGCGAGAGAUCAAUGUAAUGGAAGCGGAGUGGGCAUUAUAGUUGAUAAAAAAUUGAAGGAUGAUGUAGUGGAUGUCAAUAGCGAGAUGGGAGAGCAUAAUGGAUCUGAAUUUGCGAAGAGGGGAGAUAAGGUGGAGUAGGUCUGGUGGUGGAUUGUCUUGGUGGUGGACUAUCUUAGUGGUGGACGUAACGCACGUGAGUUGUAAUUGGUUUGCUUGUGGUGUUGGGCUUUAUGCUGUUCUAUCAGUGAUUGGUGCAAUGGAGGUUGAAGUUUGGGAAACAUCUUCUGAUGGAACAGCUGAUUCAGAUAUCUACUUACAAGAUACAGAUGAUGAAGAGAUUCAGUAUAACUCUGGUUCUUUCCCCAAGUUGCAAAUUAGGAAAAAUAAAUCCAAGGCUCGCUGGGAUGCGGAGAUGGGAAUGGCAGAGGUUAUAGAAAUGAAGGGUAGUAUAUGGAGAACAUUGGGAGUAGUUCGAAGAAGCAAAAUCUACUGCUUCAUUGAAGAGAUCUUAUAUCUGGCUCAAAUUGGAGCAUUAGUUCUCUUGGAUGCAAAUGAUGCAGUCCUCUCCUUGAAAGAUAUAUGUGAGAAGGUUGCAGAAGGCAAGAAUGGAUGUCAUUGGGAGGCAUUUGAAGCUUACAGACACUUAAGGUCCCUGGGAUACAUAGUCAGUCGACAUGGGGUCCCUUGGACUAUGAAGAGUGUUAAGAGCGUCCCUGGUUCUGCUCAUCUUGAAGGCACUAUGGAAAGCAAUGAGGUAGCGGAUAGGAAAUCAGAAGAUGAACUUACCAUCAUUAGCCUGUUUAAAGAUUUGAAUAUUAAUGAAGUGGGGCUGGAUUUUGAUGUGUAUCUUCCCAACAGCAAGUUUAGAAAGUCUUGUCCGGGUGAUCCAAGUUUUAUCCUCUGUUUAGCCAGGGGUCAACCACCACUGAGAGCAGAGAUUGAAAACCUCGAGGAAAAGUGCAAUGGCAUUCCUUUGAAGUUUUGUCAUGUAGAUCAUGGGCGUGUCAGUUUCUUUUCCUUCGACAAAUUGGAGCUUCCAGUCCUACCCUGAUAAUCUCUAGAAGGUGGAAUUUUGUUUAAGUGAAGGUUCAAAGAUGAUGUUAGAAAAGUAAUUAUUUUAUGAUCUGAUGUGUAAAGGAGAUACAGGAGCAGCUCUUUGGGUUAGUAGGAUAUUUGUAUAUUUGGUUUAUCUUGUAAUAUUUUACGAGUUCCAUCCCAUUUUGAAUUGUAGAGUUUUGAUUACAUUAUAGAUUUAAAUUGGGUUGGAUAAUUAGGAGAUACAUUAGGUUUUACAAGUAGGAAAAUUUUAAUUUCGUUUUAAUAAAUAUGCUUGUAACCAAUUCAUUGGACUGAUUUAAUGGAACGGAAAUUGAUCUUA